AUGAGUCUCUUUCCGGGUGGUAAGGAGAGGGGCAUUAAGUGUAAAAGGCAUUUGACAGAGGGGUGUGAUGGAGGCACCGACUCUAAAAGGAGAAACACUGGCUUCCACAGACAUGAACAGCUGAGAUCAGUAUCUCCUACACCAUCCUGUGUGUCUCUGAAGAGUGAUGCCUCAAAGCAUGAACCACCUGACCUGAGUGAAGAGACCAGUACAAGUCACAGAAGUAAGCUAACAGUCAGUGAGCUGACAGAGGAUCUCCCCCAGUGUGACAUGUGUAAGGAGAAGCUGAGAGAUCUAGUCUCCAUUCCCUGUGGACACAGAUACUGCAGACAGUGCAUCUGUAAAUGGGAUUUGUCUGAAUUAGUACAAGUCCAGCAGGCAGAAUUCAGUCCUGUUAACACAGAGCACUGCUACUCUGGACCUGGAGAUGUGGCCUGUGAUUUCUGCACUGGGAUGAAGCUGAGAGCUGUGAAGUCCUGUCUGACCUGCCCUGCCUCCCUCUGUGAGAUCCAUGUCAGGCAGCACUACACAAUACCAGCACUGCAGAGACACACACUAGUGGAGGUGACUGGAGACCUGGAGCAGAGACUCUGUCAGCAGCACCACAGAGUUCUGGAGGUGUUCUGUAAAACUGACCAGACACACAUCUGUAAAGUUUGUGCAGGGGAAGAGCACAAGGGCCACAGUAAAUAUUACAGAGAAAUCUCUAUUGUACCAGACAUUAAAAAUCUUCUAAUGGUGACACUAAGGAGUGUAAACAAAGAAAAAAUUGAAUCCUUCAAAAGAGAACUGAGUGAGGAUUAUCCAGGAUGCUUUGGGACUGAGUUGGAGGAUCUUGAUUUGUCUACCAUUGUUAUGAAGAUGCUGGAGAGUUUUGGAGAAGAGGGGACUUACAGAAUCACACAGCAUUUCCUGACUGUUGUUAUUCCUUUGAGAGCAGCCACAGAAGCUAAUAAGACAAAACUGAUACAAAAAUUCCUACGCAUAACAGAAGGAAUUUCACCACAAGGAAAACCGUCAUUGUUGAAUGAGAUCUACACAGAGCUCUACAUCACAGAGGGUGGAAGUGGAGAGGUCAAUAAUGAACAUGAGGUCAGACAGAUUGAGAUGACAGCCAAGACACAAGACACUCAAGAGACUCCAAUCAAACUCAAUGAUAUAUUCAAAACACUUCCUGGACAAAGAAAACAGAUCAGAACAGUGCUGACAAAGGGAACAGCUGGAAUUGGAAAGACUGUCUCUGUGCAGAUGUUCAUUCUUGACUGGGCUGAAGGAAAAGCCAAUCAAGAUAUCACAGUCAUAGUCCCUCUACCUUUCAGGGACCUUAAUCUGAAGAGAGAGAACUACAGUCUCAUCCAGCUACUUCAUCACUAUGCUCCAGAGCUGAAAGAGAUAAAAUACAUUGAAGACAAAACAGUGAAACUACUCUUGAUUUUUGAUGGUCUGGAUGAGUGUCGAUUUCCUUUAGAUUUUCAGAAUAAUGAGCUUUGCUGUGACGUGAUGCAGACAGCUUCAAUGGAAGUGUUGCUUAUAAACCUCAUCAAAGGGAAUCUGCUUCCCUCUGCUCUCCUCUGGAUAACCUCACGACCAGCAGCAGCCAAUCAGAUCCCCCCUGAGUGUGUCCACCAGGUCACAGAGGUCCGUGGGUUCAGAGACACUCAAAAGGAGGAAUACUUCAGAAAGAAAAUUAGUGAUCCGAACCUGGCCAACAGAGUCAUCAAACACACCAAGUCAUCAAGAAGCCUGUAUAUCAUGUGUCACAUACCAGUCUUCUGCUGGCUUUCAGCCACUGUCCUUGAGUAUAUGAUGCGUAGUGCAGGCACAAGUGAAAUCCCCAAAACUCUGACUGAGAUGUACACACAUUUCCUACUCCUUCAGAUCAGUCUGAAAAAUAAGAAGUACCAUGGAGCCAUAGUGCGCAACCCAAAAAAGCUGUCUGAAUCAGACAAAGAGAUGAUUCUAAAACUGGGAAAACUGGCUUUCCAACAGCUGGAGAAGGGUAAUCUGAUAUUCUAUGAAGAGGACCUGAGAGAGUGUGGCAUUGACAUCAGUAAAGCUUCAGAGUACUCAUCAGUGUGCACAGAGAUCUUUAGAGAGGAGUUGGGAUUGUACAGGGACAAGGUUUUCUGCUUUGUACAUCUGAGCAUUCAGGAGCAUCUUGCUGCAGUGUAUGCACAUGUUUCAUGUGCUGACUCAAACCUGAAUGUGUUCAACAUGAGCAAAGCAAGAAAUGAAGAAAGGAAAUGGCAACUACAUGAACUUCACCAACAUGCAGUUUACAGAGCCCUGCAGAGUAAGAAUGGACACCUGGACCUUUUCCUUCGCUUCCUUGUGAGUCUCUCUCUAGACUCCAACCAGACUCUCCUUCAAGACCUCAUGACAGGAACAUGCUCGGAGUUUAAAAAGCACACUGUUAGAGAGACAAUUCAGAACAUAAAGAUGAAGAUCAGUGAGGAAUCAUCCCCAGAGAGGAUCGUCAAUCUGUUCCACUGCCUGAAUGAGUUGAAUGACAACUCUCUAGUGGAGGAAAUCCAGACUGCCUUCAGGUCAGGAACUCUCUCAGAUAAAGAGCUGGAACCAAAUCAGUGUUCAGCUCUGGCCUAUAUGUUACUGAUGUCAGAGGAGGUGCUGGAUGAGUUUGAUCUGAGGAUGUACAAAACAUCAGCAGCAGGACAGGAAAGGCUGCUCCCAGUACUGAGGACCUGCAAGAAGGCCAGAUUGAACUACUGUGAUCUCCCAUUGGGAUCUUGUGAAACUAUUGUUUCAGCUCUCCAGUUUGAGAAGUCACCACUGAGAGAGCUGGAUCUGAGCUACAGUAACCUGACAGAUUCAGGAGUAAAACAGCUCUGUGCUGGGCUGAUGAGUCCAAACUGCAAACUACAGAGAUUGGGAUUGAGUUGGUGUGGUCUCACUAAUGGCUGCUGUGAAGAUCUGGCUUUGUUUCUGAGGUCUCUGCAUGCUAACCUGAGAGAGCUGGAGUUGAGAGACAAUGACUUGCAGGAUUCUGGAGUGAAGCUCCUUUCCGCUGGACUGAAACAUCCAAACUGUAACCUUACUACAUUGGGGCUAUCAGGCUGUCUCAUCACAAAAAAGGGCUGUGCUUCUCUGGCCUCAGCUCUGAGGUCAAACCCCUCACACCUGAAAGAACUGGAUCUGAGCUACAAUCAUCCUGGAGACUCAGGAAUGAAGUUGCUCUCUGCAUUGUUGGAAGAUCCACUCUAUGAACUGGAGAAACUGGAACUGGCCAGCUGUGGUCUCUCAUCUGAAACCUGUGUAAUAAUGGCCUCAGCACUCCAGACAUCGAACUCACUACUGAGAGAACUGGAUCUCAGCUACAAUAACCUGAAAGAUUCAGGAGUGAAACUGCUCUGUGAUGGACUGAUGAGUCCUCACUGCAAACUACAUAAACUAAUACUGAGUGAGUGUAGUCUCACUGGAGACUGCUGUGUAGAUCUGGCCUCAGUUCUGAAAUCUCCCCACUGUAACCUGACAAAGCUGGAGCUUAGUUUUAACAACCUGCAGGAUUCAGGGGUGAAAGAGCUCUCCACUGGACUGGAGGAUUUACACUGCAAACUACACACACUGGGAUUGUCUGGCUGUAAUCUGUCAUUUGAAUCCUGUGUAUCUAUGGCCUCAGUGCUCCAAUCAGUGAACUCACCUCUGAGAGACUUGGAUCUCAGUAACAAUAACUCGACAGAUUUAGGACUGAAAGUGCUCUGUACUGGACUGAUGAGUGCAAACUGUAAACUACAGAAACUGAGCUUGAAUGUGUGUAGUCUCACCAAACGCAGCUGCACACGUCUGGCCUUAGUCCUGAAAUCGCCCCACUCUAAUCUCAGAGAACUGAAUCUUAGAGACAAUGACCUGCAGGAUUCAGGAGUAAAGCUACUCUCUGCUGGACUGAAGGAUCCACACUGUAAACUGCAGAAAUUAGGGCUGUCUGGAUGUCAAAUCACAAAGAAAGGCUGCUCUUCUUUGACCUCAGCUCUGAGAUCAAACCCCAAACACCUGAUAGAGCUGGAUCUGCGCUACAAUCACACAGGAAACUCAAAGGAGAUGCUUUCAGCUCUGCUGGGGGAUCCUUCAUGUAAACUGGAGAAACUUGAACUAGACCAUGAUGGGGAGUGGGAGGAUACGUGGGACAGAGAGAUAUGA